GGAAAUUAUUACCUCAUGUCCUCCUCUUAUCUGUACAGUUUGAGUUUUACAGCGCAGAGGACAAACAGGGUCUCAGGCAGAGGAGAGUCUCCAGAAGAGGAGAGUUCAGAUACAGUGAUGCCACCACUCUGUGCUGUUCUUGUGCUUUUCAGCAAAGUCUAUGGUCUGCUUGGGAAGAAUGUUGAUCAGCCUUACGCACUGGUGGGAGCUCAGCUUGGAGACAAUGUGACUCUCCCAUGUUUCCAUGCUCAAGAUGGUGUGUCCUGUGCCAGCUGGUUUAAGCAGCCUCUUGGACAAAAGCCUCGGCUUAUAGCACUAACAAUGAACCCUAAAUCAGGUGCUAUAUUUUUCAAUGACUUUAAAGACAAUGAACGCUUCAGUGCUAAAGCAGCGAAGGGGAGCUUUAACCUGACUGUGUCACAAGUAGAGCCAUCAGAUUCAGCCACAUACUACUGCACUAUUACGCUUUUCGAAGAGAUCAGCUUUGGAGAUGGAGCUACUUUAAUGGUGACGGGUUCAGAGUCACUCAGCAGGACAGUAGUGCUGCAGCAGCCCGAGUCUGAGUCAGUGCAGUCUGGAGACUCUGUGACUCUGCAGUGUACAGUACACACUGAGACCUGUGCAGGAGAACACGGUGUGUACUGGUUCAGACAGGGCACAGGAGAGUCUCCUCCAGGAAUCAUUUACACCCAUGGAAACAGGAGUGAUGAGUGCCAGAGGAGCUCUGGGGCUGUGUCUCCCACACAGAGCUGUGUCUACAACUUCUCCAAGAGGAACCUCAGCCCCUCUGAUGCUGGGACUUACUACUGUGCUGUGGCCACCUGUGGGGAGAUCCUGUUUGGGAACGGGACCAAGCUGGACUUUGAGAGAAAUGAAGCCCUUCCUCUUUACUGCUUGGUGGGAGCUUUGGCGUUGAGUGUGGUCCUAAAUAUUGUCCUCGCUCUGAAAAGGAGAAAGAGCUGUGAGAAUUACAAAGGAGCUGCAUCAAACAAUCAAGAGAGCGGAGAAGACUUAGCGAGCAAACAGAGUCAAGAGGAAGCAAUGAAUUACGCUGCUUUGACUUUCAACACCAAGAAACCCAAAGUGAGGAGGAACAAGAGGGAAGUGGAGAGAGAAACGGUUUACUCAGAUAUGAGAUUUAGAGACCGCGAGUCCAUUGCAGUGGUGUGGAAAUUCAGCACCAUGGACAGCGUUGCCAGGACCAGGAGAAACUUCAACAUCUUGCUCCCCGCUGAAACCUGGACAGCUCCAGAAUCAGAUGGUCUGCUUGGGAGUAUAAUUCAGCCUGACGCGCCGGUGAGAGCUAGGAUCGGAGGCACUGUGACUCUCCCAUGUUUCUACACUGCACAAGAAGAGCUUGAUAUCAGCUGGUUUAAGAAGCCUCUUGGACUGAAGCCUCAGCUUAUAGUAAUACUACUUUACUAUCAAUCAGAUCCUGACUUUUUAGAUGAAUUUAAAAACAGCGCACGGUUCAGUGCUGAAGCAGCAAAAGGGAGCUUUAACCUGACUGUGUCACAAGUAGAGCCGUCGGAUUCAGCCACAUACUACUGCGCUAUUACAGUCAUCAGAGAGCUCAGCUUUGGAAAUGGAACUGCUUUAAUGGUGACAAAUUCAGAGUCACCCGGCAGGACAGUAAUACUGCAGCAGCCCGAGUCUGAGUCAGUGCAGCCAGGAGACUCUGUGACUCUCCAGUGUACAGUACACACUGAGACCUGUGCAGGAGAACACAGUGUGUACUGGUUCAGACAGGGCUCAGGAGAGUCCCCUCCAGGAAUCAUUUACACCCAUGGAACCAGGAAUGAUGAGUGCCAGGGGAGCUCUGGGGCUGUGUCUCCCACCCAGAGCUGUGUCUACAACUUCCCCAAGAGGAACCUCAGCCUCUCAGAUGCUGGGACUUACUACUGUGCUGUGGCCACCUGUGGGGAGAUCCUGUUUGGGAACGGGACCAAGCUGGACUUUGAGGGGGUCGUGAGCUUCUUUGCCUGGCUGUCCAUCCUGAGGACCGGCGUUCUCGUUUUCGCUGUGCCAAUAUUUUUCGUUGUCUGCCGAGAACAAGCUGAGUACAGAACGGCUGCUGCAUUCGUGCUUACACAGGGCACAGCCGCAAGCGGAUGAUCCUGUUUUUGGUGCAUACUGCAUUUUAUCUGUGUUUUUGUUUUAGCGCACGGGUAAUGAAGUCGGGUCAGGCUGUCUGCUGUUUUCGUUUCCACCGUUUGCCUUGUGCACCUCUGCGCAGUAACAGUUACUGUGUUAAAUCAAUUCCAAUGCUGAUUGAGUAAUAUUGACCCUAUUUGGACUCAUUUACACAGCUUUACAUAAUAAUAAUAAUAAUAAUAAUAAUACAUUUUUU